AUGGCGGCACCGGCAGCCACCCAGCAUGCCGAGCUCGAGGAGCUGCGGCAAAAGAUUGCAGCUCUCCAGGCCGACCUGCGGGAAAAGGAGGCGAACAGCGAGCUGGUGCACCCCUACUCCCAGAGCUAUGGCCGCGCCAUGAUCAGCAGCAUCCUGGGCACGUCCGACGGCGGCAAGAGCCUGGCGGGGACCAAGCUGCGGGUUGGCGGUUGGGUGAAGACGGGCCGCGAGGCGGGCGCGGGCGCGUUUGCAUUCCUGGAGGUCAACGAUGGCAGCAGCUUUGACAGCCUGCAGGUGAUGGUGACCAAGGAGGUGGCGGAGGAGGUGGGCGGCCUGAAGCGCCUGGCGCCCACAGGGACGGCUGUGCUGGUGGAGGGGGAGCUGGCUGAGACGCCAGAGGGCACCAAGCAGGCGGUGGAGCUCAAAGCCACAAAGGUGCUGCACGUCGGCGCGUGCGACGCAGCCACCUAUCCCAUGGCCAAGAAGAAGCAGACCCUGGAGUUCCUGCGGGAGAAGGCCCACCUGCGGCCCAGGCGCGUGCACAGGGAGCACGACGGCGAGGGAUUUGGUCGCCGGCCCCAAGCCUGGAACGGCCGCGGCUUCUACUACGUGCACACGCCCAUCAUCACCGCCAGCGACUGCGAGGGCGCGGGGGAGAUGUUUGCGGUGACCACCCUGUUCGGCAAGGAGCAGGAGCUGCGGGCGCUGCCGCCGCCGCCCUCCAAAGCUGAGCUGGAGGACUUGCGGGGCCGCGUGGCCGCGCAGGCGGAGCGCGUCAAGGAGGCCAAGGGGGCAGCGGCUGCGGACAAGGGCGACGCGUCCAAGGCGGCCGCGUCCAAGGCCGAGGUUGAUGCGCUGCUGGCGCUCAAGAAGGAGCUGGAGGCAGCAGAGGCGGCGGCGCUGUACCAGGGCGGUUUCAGGCGCACCCCCCAGGGCGACCUGGACUACAAGGACGACUUCUUCAGCCGCGCCGCGUUCCUGACGGUUUCGGGGCAGCUGCAGGGGGAGGCUGAGAACAGCAACACCACGCGCCACCUGGCGGAGUUCUGGAUGAUUGAGCCGGAGAUUGCGUUCUGCGACCUGCAGGACAACAUGCGGUGUGCGGAGGACUAUGUUCGUUUCUGCUGCCGCUGGGUGCUGGACCACUGCGAGGCUGACCUGGCGUUCAUUACUAAGAUGUACGACAAGGGGGCGAAGGAGCGCCUGGAGCAGGUGGCCGGGUCGUCCUUCGCGCGCUGCAGCUACACGGAAGCCAUUGAGAAGCUGGAGGAGGCCAUCAAGGGCGGCCGCAAGUUCGACAACCCGGUGUCUUGGGGCAUUGACCUGGCGACAGAGCACGAGCGCUACCUGGCUGAGGAGCUGUUCAAGGGCCCUGCGUUCUACAUGAAGGUCAACGAGGACGGCAGGACCGUGGCCGCCAUGGACGUGCUGGUGCCCAAGGUCGGGGAGCUCAUAGGCGGCAGCCAGAGGGAGGACAGGUAUGAUGUCCUCGUGGAGCGAAUCCAGGAGACCGGCAUGCCGGUGGAGGCCUACGAGGCCUACCUCGACCUCCGAAAGUAUGGCACUGUCCCCCACUCCGGCUUUGGCCUCGGCUUCGAGCGGCUCAUCCUGUUUUCUACCGGCCUGGAGAACAUUCGUGACGUCAUCCCCUUCCCGCGCGUGCCCGGCAGCGCGGCGUUCUGA